AUGUUUAUUAUCACAGUGGAAUCAUUUAAGGAAAAGAAAGAGGAAGAAAAGGAAAAGAACAAGAAGAGGAGGCAAAGGGUGAAGAGACAGAAGAGGAGGAAGACGAGGAAGAAGAGAGGAAAAAGGGGGAAGAGAAGGAGGAAGAGAGGAAAGAGGAGGAAGACGAGGGAGAAGAGAGGAAAGAGGAGGAAGGCGAGGAAGAAGAGUGGAAAGAGGAGAACACCUUGCUGGAUGGCAAAUAGCGUAGUGGACCUUGGGAGGGAUUUAAGCGUAUUGAAUGAUGUAAUAUCUUUGUUUUUCUUGCUACAUUGCGCCGCUUGCCUUUUCGAUCCAAAUUUCUAUUUUUGACUCUUAUGUUAUUUCAUUCAAUCCUUUUUUACGAAAUACUUCCUUAAUUUUAAAGCUCAUGGAGCAGAACAAGUCUUAUAGUGAACCAAGCAAUUUCCAUUUCCAGCUGAUAUUUUUGUUCCCAUACAUUCUGCAGAAUUUGUUGUAAACAAACUUAAUUGCCAAAGAAAAAUAGAAAGAUAGAGAGAAAAGAGAUACAUUAGGAGGAUACUCCCGAAGAGUAAGAUCGCCCAAAGGUGCAGGGAUGUACGCAGGGAGCUCAAGAAAAGUAAGUCAGCGGGAUAUGGGGUGUCAGAAGCCCGUCUAUGGCCGGGUAUGGGGUGUUUCGUAAAUAAACUAGAAUCAUUAUAUUUGUGAACUUUUUUCUUAUGUCGCAUAAAUUGAACUCCAAAAAGCAUGGCCCAGUUUUGUCAUGAGACUAUAUUUAGAAAUUGAAUGUUCCUGUCGUUUGUUGCAACAUAAUAUGUCUGCGAAAACUCACCAAAAAUAUUAACGGUUAGUGCUCCCUGCUGGUGAAAUUUGUUUGAUGGAUCCCUUGUAUUUCUUCAGGAGCAUUUGAGUCAGUGGUUUUCAAGGUACUAAGUAGUGAAUUAAGCUCGUAAUGAAAAAAUGAAAAGGUUUUAAUCAAAAUUACCAUAUUCGCGUUUGUUUGUUUUCAUGUUUAUUAUCACAGUAGAAUCAUUUAAGGAAAAGGAAGAGGAGGAAAAGGAAAAAGAACAAGAAGAGGAGGCAAAGGGUGAAGAGACAGAAGAGGAGGAAGACGAGGAAGAAGAGAGGAAAAAGGGGGAAGAGAAGGAGGAAGAGAGGAAAGAGGAGGAAGACGAGGAAGAAGAGAGGAAAGAGGAGGAAGACGAGGAAGAAGAGAGGAAAGAGGAGAACACCUUGCUGGAUGGCAAAUAG